CAAAGUCAAAGUCAGUGAAAUCGCCAACAUGGAUCAGCAUCUAAGGACAACGGAGCACUUUUACAAGUAUCAAAUGUGGUACUUUCAGAUCCUGGGAGUUUGGAAACUUCCCAAUGGGGCCACUAGACAGGAGCGUAAUUUCCAAGUCAUACGAUUUGGCUUCAUCCUGGUUUGCCUCUGCAUCAUGCUGCUGCUGUUUGCCCUGAAGCUUUUGAGCAUUAUUUCCGAUGUGCGGGAGAUCCUUAAGGUGUUCUUUAUGUUCGCCACCGAAAUGUCCUGCAUGACCAAGCUUAUGCACUUGAAUGAAUUUGCCACCAAAACCGAGCAGGAGAGAGAAAUUAUGGAAUCGGCCAGAGUGGUGGUGGUUCUCAUGAGGAACUUCUACGGCAUCUCAUCCUUGUUUACGGCUUCAUUGAUCCUUCUGGUUCCAUGCUUUGCAAGCUAUGAGGAGCUUCCGCUGAGCAUGUACGAGGUGUGCAACAUCCAGGGAAGGAUUUGCUACGGGCUGCAGUAUCUCUUCCAAUCGAUCUGCCUGCUGCCCACUUGUGUCCUGAACAUUACCUAUGAUUCGGUGGCUUUUUCUUUGCUUACCUUUCUAAAGCUGCAGCUCCAGAUGCUGGAAUUGCGACUGGAGAAGUUGGGUUCAGCUGCUAACUCCGAGGAGAACGCGAGGAUCUCUAAAGAGCUGCGCGAAUGUGCUGACUAUUACAACAGCAUCGUGGAGUACAAAAAGUUGGUAGAGCUCUUCAUCCAAGUGCCAGGUUCCGUACAGCUCAUGUGCUCUAUUCUCGUCCUGGUCUCGAAUCUUUUUGGCCUCUCCACCAUGUCCGUGGCCAACGGUGAAGCCAUUCAAAUGGCCAAAAUAUGUAUUUAUCAACUGGUGAUGCUGUGGCAGAUUUUUAUCAUUUGUUUUGCCUCCAACGAGGUGACUUUGCACAGUUCCAAACUCUGCAACGCCAUCUACAGGUCCCAGUGGACGGGAUGGAACCGAGAGAACCGCCGGAUGAUCCUGCUCAUGAUGCAACGCUUCAAUUCACCGCUGCAAUUGCGCACCUUUAAUCCCACCUUCACCUUCAGCCUGGAGGCCUUUGGCUCUAUUGUCAACUGUUCAUACAGCUAUUUUGCCUUGCUAAAGCGAGUCAAUAGUUAG